GUAAGUUAUCUAGUCGUGGUUUUGGGACCUUGUCGAUCUGUUAUUGCAACAAUUUUCCUGCAAAUGUUUUUUGCGAUAAUUCUUUAGACGCUGAAUUCAGAGAAAUCUCAGAUUAAGCUGUUGAGAGCAUUACAACAUGGAGCAGGCUCAUAAAGACCUCCUUCGAAAACAUCGUGUUCGACUUGUUCAGGAUUUAGACGUUGCUUAUGUCUUUGAUGGUCUCGUUCAAAAAAACAUCUUCGAUCCUGCUGAUUAUGAAGAUUUUGAGGCAGAAGGGAAAUCAAAAAGGAAAAUGAACCAGAUGAUCCUGACUGCCCUGGAGAAACGUGGGCCGAAUGCCUUUGAUGCCUUCAUCUGGGCACUAAGGCAACACAAACAAGGCAUUUUAGCCGAUCUCCUUGAUCCGAGCUCAUCGACCGGCCCAUCUAGAGUGAACAACCGAUACGACCGUCUCGUCUCCCAGCCCACUGAUUCUUCCGCUGGUCCCGCAGGGGACGUGGUGAAGUCAGAACCCAUGGAUGUCAGAGAACACAUAGUUGGACAACCUGUGAUUGCGUCUCCAUCUGCUGAAGGAGAAACCCAACUUUGGCUCGGAAACAGCCCAGCCGUAUUAACAGAUAUUGAGAUGCAAGAAGCUACAAACGAUUCACAGGAUUCAGAUCAGGUGUAUACGAUGAAAUCCAAGCCUAGAGGCAUCGCAGCAAUCAUUAACAACAAGCACUUCAGAACGAUGAAUACACGAAAGGGGACCAACAUCGACGGCAGAAAUCUUAAACAUGUCUUUACAAAGCUCGGGUUCAAUGUAAUUGAGAGGGAAGAUCAGACAGGAGAGCAAAUACAGCAAUUUAUACGUGACUUGUCCACCCACAACCACGAAAGCUUUGAUGGCUUUAUCUUGGCAGUCCUGAGCCAUGGCAUCGAGGGCGCUAUUUACGGUGUCGAUGAGAGAGUCGUUAAGAUCGAACAUAUCACUGGGUAUUUUGAAGGAAGGCAGUGCCCAUCCUUGGCCGGGAAACCCAAACUGUUCUUUCUUCAAGCUUGUAGAGGAGAGAGAUUUGACUCUGGAAUAGAGGCAACCGAUGGACAAGCUGUAUCAGCUUCGAUGCCCACAACGGCAACGGCUAACGACUCCAUAUCGUCCUUGACAGAUGAGGAGUUGGCUCAGAAGAUGUUACGCAGAGAAUUGGAAGACACUACUGAUGCCUCUAACGCAUUGAAAGCAAAACUACCGAGUCAGAGUGAUAUGCUGCUUGCUUUUGCAACAGUGCCAGGUUUUGUGUCGUGGCGUAACUCUGAGCGCGGCAGCUGGUUCGUACAGGCCUUGUCGGAAGUUUUCCUCCAGCAUGCACACAGCGAAGAUUUACUUUCCAUGAUGACAAUCGUCAACAACAAAGUUGCCAAAGCGUUUGAGUCAUCCUCCGGGCAGAACAAACAGAUACCUGCUCCUGUCACAAUGCUGCGCAAGAAACUCUUCUUCAACCCUGGCAAAUAGACCCCCCCCCCCAAAGAAUAAUUGUGCUAAGUAACUGUGCAUGUUCUUGUUGACGGAAACCCAACUUACCCGACAAAGUGGCCGACAUGUGACAAAGUGCUGUCAAUGCUUCGUACAAAGCGAAUUUGACGUCACAGCUUUGUUUUGUACCGUGGAAGAAAAGAUCUCAUUCCCAAGGUCGCCCAUUUAAUACCCUAAAUUGUAGUGUAGAUAUUAUCAAUGUAUUUCCUAUAUAAUCCAGAAUUUAUACAUUAAGCCAUUUCUAACUUGGAGUUGAGGGUGUGAGCGUCGAGCGCCCAAGCCCACCAGACUCAAGCCCAUCGGACUUGUGUGUUUCUGAGACGCCUUUAAGAUGAAACAUUAUGUGAAAACCGAUUAUUAUUCUAUUAUAAAAUCUGGUACAAUGACUUGCUUUGUCACAAAGGACCUCUUCAAGUUGAACUUCUCAUACUAGAGACAGUUGCUGUGUCACAUGGUUCGGGGCAAACUUUUGUGAGUUAAGUAAAGGCUCGGUCACACAGGCCUUGGUAACGUGAACAGAACGAGAAUGUUGAAAGUGCACGCCCUCGAUUGGGCCCUCGAUUGGGCGUAUUGUGCAUGGAGCAACUCAACCAAUAGAAUGCUUUCUCUUUGCGUCGUUAUCAUUAUCGUUUUUGUUAUUCCUGCAGUGUGACUCGGCCUUACGAGAGGGUAACAAGUAUACAGUGCUUUGCACACACUAGCAUGGCGUAAGCGUAAAAACAUGUAUUGUCUGAUAAUGUUACUAGUUUUUAAGGUACCUUUUAAUACUAAUACAGUACUGUAAUGAUUAAUAGCUGUAGAUACUUGGCACAGUGUUACUGUUAGAAGAGUUAACCUUUCCCUGGAAUCCAAUGACUGGAGUAAGGUUAGCCAGGUCAAAGGUCACAACCAUUGUAUUGGAGAGCAAUACAUCUCAUUAAUUUUUAUCGUUAUAAUGAGUAACAUUUUACCCAUAGGCCAUAGUCUAUACCAAUUAUUCAAUUUAAAUUCAUAUUGUACAUUUUUUUGCAUUCAUUUUAUUAAAUGUAUGUUUAAUUUCGAACCAUCUCAAAGUUUGGGUUAUGGUUCCAACUCCGAUGUGACAGGAGAUUCUGUCCCCAAUAUGGCGAACUGUGUACUAACUUUUUCUGAUAGCGCCCUCUGUUGAAUCAUUAUACUCAUGGCCUUGUUUAUUUCCCAUAUGGGGAACAAAAUCUCCGGGGACAGAUUUUCCUGGGCAUCGCCUCCAUCACAGGAACCAAUUUCAUAAAUACUGCUCUAAAUGUUUCUCUGCUUAGCAAACAUUGAGUGUCCCAAUCGCUGAAUCGCAGUCACAAUAAUGUAAACUUAAUGUAAUUUUGGCUGGUAACCUAUGUCUGCUAGGCAAUACCUUUUUGUGGUUAGCAAGGUUUUGUGCUUACAGGCUUUAUGGAAUUGAGCCCUGUUAUGUUUAGGCCGAAACUGGAUACAUGUCUCUUGUUUACAGACUAUAGAAAAUGGCUUACUUGAAAUUGUCCAUUGUUAUUGUCUGUCCUGAAGUUAAUUGUGAAUAAAAAUGAAAAACAUA